AUGUCUCAUAAGUUAACUGUACUGCCAUAUCUUAUAAAAUUCACUCCCAAAAUACCAAUUAACUCAACUCAAGUUGGAGCACAAACUAAAGACAAUACAGAAUCGGAUACCAUUAACGAAAGUAAUACUAAUGAGCUCAAGAUAAACAUAUAUGGAUUUGAUCUUGAUCACACAGUCAUCAAACCGAAGAGUCCUAAUUCUCGUUUUGCAAGAAGUUCGACGGAUUGGCAAUUCAUGACAUAUUCCAAAAAUUCCCAUUCUAAAAGCACAUUACAAACAUUAUUUGAAAUCGUUAAAAAUGACCCUCUUGGUCAAAUAGUCAUAUUUUCAAAUCAAGGUGGAAUAGUAGCGAUACCACCCACAUCCAAAAGUUGUAUAAAAUUCACUGACAAGGUCCAAUUGUUUCUUAAAGCCAUCAGUGAACAAGAUGUCGAGAAGAAACUGAUUAAUAAUAUAUGGAUUUAUGCAGCACCCAAACAACCUGCUUCUCUAUUUAAAAGUAGGAAGCUGAAAUCAGCAACUAUUAAGGGCAAAGUUACCAAAUCUUUAAAUGUAGGAAACGAAUCAAUUAGCAAGAGUACUUCAACAACCACAGUUCUCACGCCUGAACUGUUCGAUAGUAUGAGGAAACCUAAUAUUGGUAUGUUUAAAGAGUUUGAAAAGGACUUCAAAUUGUUAGUAGGAAAUAUUAGCACUGAAAUUAAAUGCACAGGUCAGUUAGUCUGGAUCUACUACUGUGGGGAUGCAGCGGGAAGAUCUAAUGAUUUUAGUGAUUCAGACAAGAAAUUUGCCAAAAAUUGUGGAGUCGACUUUAAGACACCAGAAGAAAUUUUCUAA